AGUGCAGAGUUCUCAGUGGAAAUUGAAGCCCAUGCCGUCACUUGAGAGUCGCACUGCAUGUCAACGCCUCUCUCUCUCUCCCUCGCUCUAUCUCUUUCUCAUGAACACCCUGAUCGCAGUCACCGACAGUGAGAUCAAUGGUCGCAGGGGUUCCUUUUCAGCUCAGAGAGGCGAGCAAUGAGAGGAGAGAAGGGAAAAAGGAAGUUACUACGUUGUCAUUUCUACCGUCUCUUUUUGUCUAUAAAGAAGAUUUUGACGGAAGAAAACGCUCACAUCCAAAACAUCUCUCUCUCUCUCUAAUACGAUUCCCACGCACGAUGCCACAACGGCUGCCUUGCAGCUCUCAUUUCCGGAGCCGUUUUCCUGGGCAGAGAGCCAGUGUCUCCUCCACUGGGUGGCCUGUGCAUGUCUAAUUCAUCUUCUCUGAUGUGUUGUUGCGGAGAGAGUGAGGAAGGGAAGGGAAAGGCGCCACCUUGAUGAGUUCUUCACUGCCAAAAUCGGAUUUUUAUGAGAUGGGAGGUUCCGUAGAUGGUUUCCGGUCUUUAGCGAUGGGGAGUGCUGAGGGCAUUUUGGCUGGGUAAAGAAGAAGCCUUCAAACAAACACACCGAAAAAAGAUGAGACCUUUAGUUGGAAUUGAUGCCUGCGAUUAACUGAUAUCAGUCACUGUCUCUUUUUGUUUGCAUUGGUUUUGUGUUCUAAUUUACCUCAAAUUUGUAUUCCCUCUCGGUUCUGUAAAGAUCCAAUCUUUACAUCAUUCAAAGUUCUGCAACUGAGGAGGAGGAGGAGGAGGACAAGAAGAGAUUCCAGUGCCAAACUCAGCUCUUCACCUCCGCAGAGAUCUCAAUGCACCAACCAAACAUCUUUCUUUGGAAGAGAUCCAGAGCAGUCGGUGGCAAACAAGGCCUGAUGUCAUCUUUCCAUGGCGGCAGCAGCUGUGGCAAGCCCCCAGCUUCCUCACUUUUGCCCUCUGCAAGGCUCUCUGAGGCUGCCAUGAGCCCAACCUCCACACCAGAAACCAGAAACUUGUCUUCCAUUGGCAAUCAUAUCCCCCCUUUUGAUGCGAUUACCACUAGCAGCGCCUCUGUUUCAGACACCAAGCAGCAUCCAUGGAGAAAUCGAGGCUCGAGACCCACUGGGCUCGGCAUCAUCGACGCUCUCAGUGACGAACAGUUCGACACCAAGCCACAGCGCAGUAUGGUUCUGCUCGGAACAAAGCAGAAGAUCCAAGUUCCUUCCCUUUGUCCGACCUCCAACUCGCCGGUUGGGUCCCCGAUCGAGUUCGGCAUCAAGAACAGAGACUCCCAGUUGGCUCUCCUUUCUCCUGCCCGGAGCUCUCCCGGCUCGGAGAUGCCAGCUUCCUCCCCUCGGGUCUUCGCCGGAAGCAACUUCUCCAUGAGCGAGAUGGAGCUCUCGGAGGACUACACCUGCGUGAUCUUUCAUGGCCCGAAUCCGAGGACUACACACAUCUUCGACAGCUGCGCAGUGGAGCAGUGCGGAGAUGGCUUCACUCGAUCAACCAAAAGCCGCAGCUUUGCAGCUGACAGCAGAGGGUAUCCUUUGAAUGAUUCCUUGAGCUUCUGCUACGCAUGCAAGAAGAAUGUUGAGCAAGGAAAGGAAACCUUCAUGUAUAAAGGUGAGAAGGCAUUUUGCAGUAGUGAAUGCUGCAUCAAAGGGAUGUUCGAUGAGUAUGGGAUAGAGACAAGUGCUCAGAGGAGUCAUCACUCACAAUGUGAUCCAUGCUUCUAAUUACCACAGCAAAUUUGAUCUCCAAUUAAGCCUUUUUUUUAGUGGUUUGUGGAUCCUAAUCAAAUGGGGAUGGAAGUGAUCUUGAAGAACCAAAUCAUUCAUGCACUUUGUUGGUGUUCUCCAUGAGUUUUGCUUUCAGAGAAGGUAGAGAUCUAUUGACAUGUUAAGGUCAAUGCCAUAUAUUGUCAUUAGAAAAGCUAAUAAAUUCAUGCAAAUUCUGAUGCGUUA